AUGGCUAAGGUAAAAUUCGAAGAUACGCCUCAAGAAAAGGGUGCCUCUUUGAGGGUAGAACCAAAUGACGACCUUGAUGAUAAAGAAAAAAACAACGAAGAUUAUGAUGAAGAAGAAGAUGAUGACUAUGAUCCAAACAAAGUAAGACUAGAAGGUGAUGAGCAAGAAAGCGACGACGAUGACGACAUGGACAAAGAAUCAGUUCCAGACUAUUCAAAUAUUGAAACUUCAAUUACUCAAGUGAAAACUAGGAGUCAAAGAAUUCAAGAGGAUGAGUUAGCCAAGGAUUUCAAACGAGGUAUAAUACGAACGGAGUCAGGUUUAGUAAAGGCCACGGAUAGUGGUUUAGAUUUAGACGCUAUGUUUAAUGACAUGAAAAGUUCAACAUCUUCGAGAGAUGUUAGUGGCUGGAAAAAAGCCAUACUGCAUUCUGAUUCAGAGCAGUCAUCCGAAUCACCAUCGUUAGUAAAUGAGAGCAAUGAGGAGCAAAAGAAACCACUAGGAGAUGAGAAUAAAAUAAGAAUAGAGUCGUCGUAUCUGUUUGCUGGAAAGCUUAUUACUGAGUCUAAGCUCGUAGACGCGAACUCUGCGGAGGCAAAGGCCUAUCUAAAUUCUACAAAUGUUUUAACCAAUGGAUCACGUAACAAUCUCGCUGUGAAACGGUCAUCUGUCUCUAUCAUGAGGUGUAUACCAGGAUCUGAAUCAGACGAGCCGGUAGAGCUCAAGAUUAAGCUUAAACGACCAUCCUUGAUUGAUAAAUUUUUAUCUACCCAAAAUAAUAAGAAACAGAAGUUAUCUACUUUGGAAAAGUCACGUCUUGAUUGGGCAAGCUUCGUUGAUAGGAAGAAAAUAAAGGAUGAACUUUCCAUAGGAAAUAAGGCCGGAUACUUAGACAAACAGGAUUUCUUGGGCAGGUUACAGGACAAAAGAGAUGUACAUUAUCAAAAAGCUAAAGAUGAAGAUCGCCAAAGACGUUGGAAGCUACAACAACAACAAAUUCAAUAA